AGUGACUGCUCUAGUAAACAGCCCAGUAGUCCCUUCCCACAAAAUUCACAAGUGCUUCCCCAUUGCUCCAACGAGCCUAACCCAUUGUCAGGAAUCUUUAUUAUCCUCUCUGCGUGCGAGUGUCUCUCUGUCAUGGUUAUCAUGGAGUCCCUUUCCAUCAUCCUUUCUUCUUCACCACCCAUUCAAAACCACCUCAAAACCCUAAAAUUUUCCCCCUCUAAAACCUAUUCUCAUCAGGGAUAUUUCCCAUCUGCCAAAAAUUCUUCUCUUCAAAACCAUUUCUUAUGUCUCAGAAACUCUCUUUUAUUGAAAACUUCUGUCUCCUUCUCUGCUUUUCACCUUAUCACUUCUCUUCCUUCCUUUGCUUCUGAAGCUUUAGCUACCCCAACUGAGAAUGUCUCUGACAAAAUAAACUUGGAAUCUGUCUUAGUCUCAAUUGAUGACUUCUUCAACAGAAACCCAUUUUUUGUUGCUGGGUGUACAUUCAUUUGGCUGGUUGUUAUACCUGUUACCAAACAGUACUUGAGGAAAUACAAGUUUAUCUCUGCCAUUGAUGCGUUUCGAAAACUGCGGGAAGUGAAAGAUUCUCAGCUUUUGGAUGUUAGGGACAAGAAGAGUUUGGUAGCUUUGGGGUCUCCUAAUUUAAAGAUGUUGAAUAAGAGUGUGGUUCAGGUUGAAUUCUCUGAGGAAGAUGAAGAUGGGUUUGUGAAGAAUGUGUUGGAGAAGUUUCCAGACCCAGCAAACACCAUCUUGUGCAUUCUUGACAAUUUUGAUGGUAAUUCAAUGAGAGUGGCAGAAUUAUUGUUCAAGAAUGGAUUCAAAGAGGCUUAUGCAAUAAGGGGCGGGGUCAGAGGCAAAAAGGGGUGGAUGGCAAUACAAGAAACCCUUUUGCCCCCUUCUGUUCAUAUUUAUCCUAAGAAGAAGAAGUCUAAAAGCUCACAACUGGGAAUUAAUGGAGGAGUUGGUCAGAAGAGUGAAGAAAAUAAUGGCAAACCCUCUGAUGUUGCUCUCUCCACAGCAGAAAGCCAACAAGCGGAAAAUGGACACAUAAACCAGUUGAUGAAUUCCACACCUAAGUUGAAGAUUGAUUCCCGAUCUCCCUACCCUAAUUACCCAGAUUUGAAACCUCCAUCUUCUCCAACCCCAUCAAAGCCUUAAAAGAAUUGCUCCAAGUCUACUGCGCUGGUAGUAUCUUCUUCUGGCUUGUAACGUGUAACUUUGCAUGGUGUAGCUUUUUAUUGCUAUGAAUUGUAAUUGAUUUAUUCUCAAUUUUGGUAUCAUUGAUAUAUUCUGAGCCUA